AUGGGGGUGGCGUCGGCGGCACUCUGGGACAUCCUGGCGAAGGCCGCCAACGUGGCGCAGAUGUCCGGCCUGCACGCCGCCAUGCUGGUCGCCGUGGGCAUGAGCCUCCUGAGCAUCCCGCAGAGCAGGUGGGAGUGCGCCAAGCUCGAGCGGUGCAGCCGCAGGCUCCACGCGUUGCUGCAGUGGCCGACGUGCUGCGGGGCCGUGCUGCUGUGCUCGGAGAUGGGAGGCUCCGUUCUAAAGGCGCUCGUCGACGCGGCCGGACUCGUCGCCUCCUAUAAGAAGAGCACGCUGUGGCACUGCGUCCGGAGGGGCAAGGGCAUGGCCGCCCAGCUCCGGGACAUGCAGGACGUCGUUGACUCCUACUGCGGGCUCCUGCUCUACGUCAACGCGCAUCUCCUGCUACAACCGGCGACUCAUCGUCCCCCGCCAGAUGCUACUACGUACGGGGUUCAGGAGGUGAAUGAGAAUGACACACCACAGAGUCGAAGUGUGCUACAAGCAGUAACCAAUAGCCCGGGAGUUAAAGAAACUCGUGGCACUCAAAUGCCCAAUGAUGAUGGCGAGGGGGGAACAGGCAGCUGGACAGACUAG